AUGAACUCACAAAAAGCUCCAGUUGCAGAUUCAGCCCCUCAGAUCGAUUGGAACUUUACGGGACAAUAUCUUCGGGAGAUGGCUACUAGCCUAGAGAAUGGUACAUGGCUGGCUGAACUGAAAGGCGAACGCAGUCUCAUCCAGAGAUUCCAGAUUGACGAACAUGGCAAUCUGCGAUGGACAGGAACCGAGUACGAUCUAGGUACUGGGAGAAGCCGAGAGAAACAUUUACUACUGUAG